CGCGGGACCCCCAUCCUCGGCUACCUCCCCCGCGAACCCCAGCGUUCACCCCACUGCACUACGAACAUUGAAUAACUUUGCAUCUGAACCUGGUCACAGCAGCCCUCCGAACUCGAUUUUUUAUCACUGCACAGUGGCACAAUCCAUUGCAACGUGCGGAGAUAGCCAGCGAACACCGGUAUCGGCCGCGGACGACUACUGACAGCACUGUGAAUCAUACCUCCAAAGAUCAUCGCUACGCCCUAGCGCUUAGCCCCACGCCCUGCGUACAUACUGGUAUCAAAACCUAAGAUCCUACAUCUACCCUCGCGUCUGCCUCUGUGUCGCACCACCACACGCCCCUACAACCUCCAACCCCCCACCGCCACCAUGGGCGUCUACUAUGAAACCAUCCCCACCAGCCUCAUUCCCUGGAUCCAAAAACAGCAAAUGCUGCUCGUCGGCACCGCACCCCUCUCCUCCAGCGGCCACAUCAACAUCUCCCCCAAAGGCGGCCCCGACUUCUUCGGCGUCCUCUCGCCCACCACCUUCUGGUACCUCGACCUCACCGGCUCUGGCAUCGAGACACAUGCACACCUGCAUGAGCCCGGUAACGGGCGCAUCUGCGUCAUGUUCAUGGCGUUCGACGGCGCGCCGCAGAUCGUGCGCAUCUGGGGCACUGGGCGGGCAGUCGAGGCCGGGACCGCCGAGUACGAGGCGUUCGUGGCCGAGCACAAGGUCAAGACGAUUGUGGGGAGUCGCGCGAUCGUGCUGGUCGAUGUGCACCAGUGCGGCACGUCGUGUGGGUUCUCGGUGCCAAAGUAUGAUUUCGUUCAGUAUCGCACGGUGCUGAAUGAUCACUUUGAGAAGAAGGAGCAGAAGUUCAAGAACGGCGAUGAGAAGGAGUCAAUGGAUAGGUAUUGGGCCUGGAAGAGUGCGAGGAGUGUGGAUGGGAUGCCGGGGAUGAAGAGGGGCGUGGAGUAUGCGGAGAAGCAUGGGGUGGCGCCACUGAAGAAGUGGAAGGGGGAGUAUGCGCCGGGGGGUGCAAAGGCAUGGGGGGCGAGGGAGGGGCAGCGAGGCAGUGAUAGGGCGUUGGUGUUUUUGGUGCUGUUGCUUGGGAUUGUAAUUGGGGGGGUGUUGAGUUUGAGUGUUGUUACGCCGGAAAGGUUGGGGAUGCUGCAGAGGAAGGAAAAGUUGUGGUGA